AUGUACGUGAGCUCGCUCUUGGAGAAGGAGCCCAGCAUGUACCCAGGACCUGCCAGGGCCAACAACGCCCUGCCCGUGCAGAACUUCGUGUCUGCUCCAGCCUACUCCGAGUACAUGGGAUACCACCCCGUGCCAGCCCUGGACAGCCACGGGCAGCCUGCCUGGGGCUCCCACUACGGCCCCCAGCGCGAGGACUGGAGCGCCUACGGCCCAGGCCCUUCCAGCGCCGGGCCCGCUGCCCACAUCCAUGGCUCGUCCCCUGGCCAGGGCUCCUACAGCUCUGCUGAUUACAGCUCCCUGCACCCCGCUGCUGCUGCGCCCUUACCUCCUGUAGAUACAAUUAAUGCCCAGCAGAUCUCGCCCAACAGCCAAAGGCACAGCUCUUAUGAGUGGAUGAGGAAAACGGUGCAAACCAACACUGCUGGUAAAACAAGAACAAAAGAAAAGUACCGGGUUGUUUACACAGAUCACCAGAGACUGGAAUUAGAGAAGGAAUUUCACUGCAACAGAUACAUCACAAUCAGGAGGAAGUCAGAACUCGCAGCAAACCUGGGACUCUCGGAAAGACAGGUGAAAAUCUGGUUCCAGAAUCGCCGAGCAAAAGAGAGAAAAAUGAUCAAGAAGAAAAUCUCGCAGUUUGAUGGCAGCGGGGGCUCAGCUCAGAGUGACUCUGGUUCACUCAGUCCAAAUGAACUGUCACAUUCUCUGUUCCCACCACCACAUGGAAUAAAUGGAUUACAGCCUAAUGACAUUCAUCAAGUCAUAGUUUCAGAAUGAACAGAGGGAAAAAACCAAAACAGGAAAAAAAGAAAAAGCAAGAAUGGAUUUCACCACCACUGCCACUCCCCACCUUGGAAACUCAACUUCCCAAGGGACCAUUUUCAUUUAUCUGCCUUCAGAGUGCUGAUUUCUAAGCAGAAAAUCUGAGCCUAUAACCAAAAU